GCGCGCGGCUGCCGUUUCCGCAAACACAAGCGUGUGAGGCCGUGCAGUGUUGUUCAUGAAGUUUGACCACCACUUCAAGUAAUCAUAAAUGGAAAAUUCUGCAAAAGCUGAGGAAUAUGAAAAGAUGUCUCUUGAACGGGCAAAAGCAUCAGUAAAUUCUGAAACAGAGUCUUCAUUCAGUAUUAAUGAAACUACAAUAGCUUCUGGGACUGGACUUUCUGAAAAGACUCUAGACACACCAAGAAAGAGAAAAGAGUUUGAAGAUGACCUUGUAAAGGAAAGUUUCAGUUCUGGAGAAGAUACUCCAUUCAAGAAAAGAAAACUUGAUGCUGAGAUUGUCUUAGAGGAAAAAGGUUCCUGUGAUGAUGAAGGCAUCUCAAAGAAAAGAAAAAGGGAAACUGAGGAUCUUCCAAAAGGUGAACUUUCCACUGGAAAUGGAACUCCAAAGAAGAGAAAACAAGAAUUUGAGGAUUUUCAUGAAAAGCAGAAAAAUCUUGAAGAAGGACACAGUUCAGCAGUGGCUGCCCAUUACAAUGAACUUCAGGAAGUUGGUUUGGAGAAGCGUAGUCAAAGUCGUAUUUUUUACCUAAGAAACUUUAAUAAUUGGAUGAAAAGUGUUCUCAUUGGGGAAUUUUUAGAAAAGAUACGACAGAAAAAAAAACGUGAUAUCACUGUCUUGGACCUGGGAUGUGGCAAAGGUGGAGAUCUGCUCAAAUGGAAAAAGGGAAGAAUUAACAAGCUAGUUUGUACUGAUAUUGCUGAUGUUUCUGUCAAGCAGUGUCAGCAGCGGUAUGAGGACAUGAAAAACCGUCGUGAUAAUGAACAUAUUUUCAGUGCAGAAUUCAUAACUGCCGACUGCUCAAAGGAACUUUUGACUGACAAAUUUUGUGAUCCAGAAAUGUGUUUUGACAUCUGCAGUUGUCAGUUUGUCUAUCAUUAUUCAUUCGAGUCCUAUGAACAGGCUGACAUGAUGCUCAGAAAUGCUUGUGGGAGGCUUAGCCCUGGUGGCUAUUUUAUUGGUACUACUCCCAAUAGCUUUGAACUGAUAAGACGCCUUGAAGCUUCAGAAACAGAAUCAUUUGGAAAUGAAAUAUAUACUGUGAAAUUUCAAACGAAAGGGAAUUAUCCUUUAUUUGGCUGCAAAUAUGACUUCAACUUGGAAGGUGUUGUGGAUGUCCCUGAAUUUUUGGUGUAUUUUCCAUUGCUAAAUGAAAUGGCAAAGAAGUACAAUAUGAAACUUGUCUACAAGAAAACAUUUCUGGAAUUCUAUGAAGAAAAGAUUAAGAACAAUGAAAAUAAAAUGCUGUUAAAACGAAUGCAGGGCCUAGAGCCAUAUCCUGCAAACGAGAAUGCUAAACUUGCCUCUGAGAACGUGGAUGACUAUGAACAUGCAGCAAAGUACAUGGGAAACAGUCAAGUCAGGUUACCUUUAGGAACCUUAAGUAAAUCAGAAUGGGAAGCUACAAGUAUUUACUUGGUUUUUGCUUUUGAGAAACAGCAGUGAGCAUGGAGGCAGUCGUUCCAGAGGAGCUAUGUUCUGUCCUGCGCAGAUUUCCACAAUCCAUCUUGUUGUAUUUGAGAGCUCUCUGUUCUAGUUCUGGAUGCUGUCAGAAACUCCACUGUAUAAAUUCAACAUUUGCUUUCUGUGACAGAUGAACUUGUGUGUGUAUAUAAGAAUGAGCUGGGACCUUUCCUUUAAAAAUCUCUUUUUAAGCAAUGUUCUAAGAAUUCCAUUUGCCUCUGCUCUCUUAGCUCAUAAAAAUUAAAAUAUGACAUAUUAAAGCAACU